ACUGCGCCCUCGUGGCUGACCGAGACACCCUCCACCACCUGAGCGCGACACCUGACGCCGCUCGCUAGACAAAGACGGCUGCCUCGGAGACGCGAAGAAAGAGAAUAGAGGACCUCCGAGCCUGCGCAUCCAAGGCUGCAUAGGUCGCCGGCGAUCGUGCGCCUUUUAAUCAACCUCACAGCGCUUACGCUCGCCUCCGCGUCCGACUUCCUACAGCAUGCCGCCCUACCUCUCACCGCUAUACCUUGUCGAACCCUCCCUGCCGGCGCACUGCGAGCCCGCGAACGACUUCCUCUACAAACUCUCCGCGACCUUCCACUCGUGCGUCCCUACGAACCUCGCCUUCAUCUCUACCCUGCUCGGGACAUGCAGCAUCAUAUCGUGGCUGUUCGCGCAGCUGCCGCAGAUAUACAAGAACCACAAGCUGAAGUCGACGUCGGGCCUCAGCAUAUUCUUUCUAGGGGAAUGGCUGCUGGGCGAUCUGUCGAAUCUGCUCGGCUCCAUCUUCACUAACCAGGCGACAUGGCAGGUCAUAAUCGCGAGCUACUACGUCUUUGUCGACUGCGCAUUAUGCGGGCAAUGGAUAUGGUAUGCGCUCCUGAAGCACGGUAGGCCGCUUCGGCCCAUAUGGGGGCGUUAUAAGAGCUCGAGCGAUGGUUCUGCCAGCGAUGCCACUCCUCCCGCUCCGAGGAGUCCUGACAAGAAGGAUGGUUCUCCGCUUAACAGCCCACGAAAUAUCCCGCACCGUUCGAACCCCAUGGAUGCUUUCCGGAUACCCAACUUUGCACGCUCGCCGAGCUCGACCAAGGAGUCCUGGCAGAAUACGCCUCCCUCUGGAACGCCGACGAAUAGAGACCUGCGACGGGUUGCAGCUUCUAGCUCACCCAUGCCCUCAAUAUCGCCCAAGACCGUCCUUUACAUCUCCCUCAUCCUCGCUGUUCUCUCUAACACGUCCACCGCGACUCCCGUCAGCCCGUUCGCUCCAGCCCCGUACCAUAAUAACCACAUAUCUGUCCAAUCCGAUGCACCACCAUCCGCCUCCGCAAUCGCAGGCAAAAUCCUCUCCUGGAUGAGCACCCUGCUCUACCUCGGAUCCCGCCUCCCGCAGCUCUACAAGAACCACGUCCGCAAGUCCACGGCCGGGCUCAGCCCCACGCUCUUUGCAGCCGCCUUCUUCGGCAACCUCUUCUACUCGAGCUCGCUCCUCACCAACCCGAACGCGUGGAACGACUUCGCUCCAGGAGAAGGCUCCGGAUGGGUCGGCCCGGAAGGCAGCGUGCGCGCAGACUGGGUGCUCCGCGCAACGCCAUUCUUCCUCGGCGCGGCCGGCGUGCUCAUCAUGGACGCGGCCGUCGGCGUGCAGUUCUGGUACUUUGGCGAGAACGAGCCGCGCGGCCGAGGCAAACGCCGCGACGAAGAAAUCAUCGUCGUGCUCACUGAUGACGGGGCCCGUAAGAAGCGCCGGUUCCGCUGGCGCCGCGCGAGCGGCUGGAUGAGAGGAUGGGUGCCUGCGGUCAGCGUUGCUGGAACGCCGAGUGCGAGUCGAGCGACGACGCCCGCAGAGACGCCGCAGCGGGGUUUGAGUCCCAGCCCGAGUUCAGAGAGCAUACCGAUCCGGGGAGCGCUGGAUGAGGCUCGGGCGUUGCUGGGGACGGAGAGGCAUGCGAGUCCGAGGAGUUAUGGGGGUGUUUCUGGGUCUCCGAUGCGCUGAUCAUGGGUUGGUAUUGAAGCAUAUUACUAGAGGGCAUUUGCAUAUGACACAGAUGGCGUUAGAAGCGUUGGACUUGUAUGGUUCAUGGCAUGGCAUUAGCAUUUG